CUACUUGCAUUUUUAAGUAGGACAAACGUCAAGUCAACGUCAUUUGUUUUAAAUCAAACUGACCGUCUGAGUCUGACCACAGUAUUCAAUUAAAGUUUAUUUCAUUUAGAUUUACUGCACAUCGGAUGUUUCAUGACCCAAUUGCGGGUCGCAAUUACACCCACGACGUAUAAUCAUGCGAUUACGGUGACUUGACUCAUUUGGUGAAGGCCUGAGCGCCAUUUAUUAACAUCAGGAGUAAAUUACCAAGGAGACCAUGUCUCGCCCCCGUGCCUGGCAGCAGCAAGCUAUCGCAGCUCAGCGACGCGACAACGAGCUCCGCCGCGCCGAGGAACUGCGGAAGGUGGCCAACUACUUCGAGAGCAACACCAACAGGUCCCGUCAUCACGAGCAGUGGACUACGGAGGGGUAUUAUGAGAAGGCCAAAAAGGAAGCGGAGCUGUUUAGCUCGAAGAAGCUUAGAGCUAUACAACUUGAGGAAAGAAGAAAAAAGUUGGAACUAAUGUUGUUUCAAGAAAACAUGCAAUACCAACAGGAAAUGAAGGCUUUGGCUGCAAAACCUAAGCUUUAUCAAAACGGGUCAUACCUAAAUGACGUGCCAACGUCGACUCUAAAGGAAAUCAACCAGGGCAUCAUGGAUAAGGAAGAACAAUUGAGGAGACACGAGUCAGAACUCCGUUUACAUCACGCGUGGCGUCUGCGGCAGCCGGAGUUACGGGCUGCUACGGCUUAUGUCGCCAAUGGGAGGCUCAAAUCUGCGUGGACGCAACAAAUAGUGGAGAAGGAGACAGCAAGAAAGAAGGAAGAAGAGGAGACUCUAAAGAUACUUCAAGAAAGAGACGAGGCAUUACGUAAGCAGAUACAGAAGGAAGAAGAAAGACUUAAAGAGAAAGAGAUGCAAAUGAGGGAGCUCCGCGGAAGCUUAGAAGGCCAAAUCGCCGAGCUAAGCGAGAAAGAGACGAUCGUCAAACGCCUACAAAAAGAGGAAGAGAGAGAACUCAUGAUACUAGACAAGCUCAAGUUCAUAUCGAGCGAGCGGGACAGAGAGCACGCGCGGCUGGUGGCAGAGAGGGACGCCACUAUAGUGAAUAUGGGGCUGCAUAAGUAUAAGUUGAAGAAGAAGGUUAUAUCGGUGUUGCAGGAAAUUGAGUUGGAUUUGCAAAUGGUGGAUAAUUUGAAAAAAGCUGUUUUGAAAGAAAUAGAAUCCAACGAAGACAGAAGAUCGAGCUACAAGCGCGUUCUAGACGCAGCGCUUGUAGAGUUACACGAGUAUCGUGAGAGAGAGAGACAGCGACAGAAGAACAUCGACGCAAUGUACGACGGCGAGGCGCGGCAGCUGAGCGAGAAACAAGACAAGCUUUGGGCUAAAGAAAGAGAAGCCCGCGCCCUCCUCAUGAACGAUGUCCUCACAACCCUGAGGAGACAAGUGGAAGAGAAGGUGCAAGCCAGCAGGACGCAGCAGCGAGCCAACGUGAAGGAGAGGGAACAGAUCCUCGAGCAGAUGGAGAGCUUCCAUCAUGAGGUCAAGACCAGGGAGAGAGACGCUCAGCUAAAGAACGCCGCCUACUCAACGAUAUCGGCUCUCCAAUCCCAGCUGAAAGGCCUCAGCGUGCAGAAGCAGAAGUUGGAAGAAACAGCCGAGAAGGAGGCAGAACUACGCGAGGCGAGCGCCAACGAGAGAAAACUCAGGACUGAGAUAGCCAGGAUCAACAGGGACAGGACUGAACAGGCCUGGGCUUAAG